AUGAACUCGUCAUCGCUAACCUUUGCUCUCCAGGCUCUGCUCCAUCGCCAUGAGUCGUACAUGGCCGAGGCGGAGGAAGAUCGCCGGCGGUUACUCACCAACAUUGAGAAUCUGGAGCGUGAAAAGCGCCAGGUCGAGGCCGAGAAUGCCCGCAUCAUCGAAGAGAACCGUGGCUUGUUGGAGCAGUUAGACAGUCUGAACAAGGCUGUCGCGGAAUCGGACGCUCAUGCGAAGUCGCUCGUCGCUACGCUGGACAGUACAGAGGCCGAGCUGCGCAAAGUGACUAUGUCGGCCGCCCGCGCCGCGGAACUCGAAGUCCAACUGGCCCAGAUGGAGGCCGAACAGUCGAGACUGCAGGAGACUUUACAGAACGCCCAGGAGGAUAGCAAGUCGGCCGUGCAGCGAUGGAAGAAGGCUGAAUGUACCCUCCGAGAUUUGCACGAUCAAGUCGACCGAAUCGAGAAGGAGGCCCGGGAGGAGCGUGAACGACACACCGAACUCAUCCAGCGCAUGGAGCGGAGAAGGGCGGUGGAGCGCGAGCUUGACGGUGCGGCUGGACGCUUAAAGGGCGCUGCUGCCGCGCAGGAGUUAGGUCGGAAUCACGGCAACCCUAAUGUCGUCUCGCGCUUCGUUCGGGACAUCCUCCAGGAUAAUGCGAAUCUGCAGAUGGGCAUCAUAGAGUUGCGGGAGAUGCUCGAAAGCUCGAACCAGGAGGUGCAGAAUCUGCGGGAUCAGAUCCUGUCGCAUCAGCCCCUGACUUCAGCCGGUGAAGACGAUGAGCGAGAGCCGCGGCCGCCAUCAACGACAUUGAAUCAUGAACUGGAACCGAAAGAAUCGCGCCGCGUAUCGCAAGAAUUCCAUAUUCACCAUCAUUACCACACCCCCUCCAUCUCGGUCGGCUCGAAGAAGGACAAAACUACCAUCUUCCGUCGAUCCAAGAAGAGACGGUCUCUGGGAGCCGCCACGGUCAUGCACUCUGCGUCGACCUCCCAGAUGUCCCGGAAAUCCUUGCACCAGCCCCAGUCGUCCGUCUCCUCGACCUCAACUAUCUUGUCUCAGACAUCUGUUUCAAUUCCGCCAGCCGCGGCUUCCCACCGUUGGUCACUGCGAUCACCUGCAGCCGAUUCCUCGCUAGCGAGCUCGCCACAGUCAGGGUAUCGAGCAUCAUCCAUCUUUGACCGGGUCGAACGCGGUUCCGAAUCGUCGCAACCGACUAGUCCCGAAAGCACCGCCUUCUCGUCUCCGAUAAUGGUCUCUCGCCACAAGAGCGUCCCCUUUGAUAUACCUUUCCGGCCUCUGGAUGGACUUGAUGGAACAGAGAGAGUCGGUGAUGAUUCGAUGCACAUGGCAUACGACUAUUUUGGUGACCAUACGAACUAUGCAGAGCUGGAUCGGAGGCCGCUCCAGUCGGUGAUACCCGAGGAGAUGGAGGAUUCCUCGUCUACGCAGUAUGCAGAGUCGGUCCCUGACCGGCCUCCCGCAAUCCCCGACGAUGUGUUCUCAACACCGCACAGUCCCACCCUGCGCAGACGUCAAUCCCACGAGAGCCUCUUUUCAAUUGCGGGCAUGGACAUUCACACACCCAGUCGCCGCCCCUCGCGAAUCAGCGACCAUCUUCAAUCCAGUUUGCCCAUUCGCGCUCCACGCCGCAUCAUUUCGCCUAGCCCGGAGCUCUUCUCACCAUCGCCCGUCAUUUCAACCAGCACGGUCACGGCGGAUCGAGAGCCACCAAAGACCUCCGAGCAUUCCCCCCGAAAGUUCCUCGCUACGGUCGCAGGCCGCAACCGCGCCGCGGAUGCAUUAUGGGCUGUGUCCGCGGACAGCGGCUCGACCGAGUCUACUGUCACUCCCAACCGGAAGACCUCGCUGAGUCGUCGAGUGGGAGGCUGGGUGCGAGGUCGUUGGGGCAUCGCUGCUGUCUCUGCAGACGGGAAUGCUAAGCCUCAGGUCGAGUCGGAUGCUUUGGCCCCGGAAAACACCGACUCGCCAGGACCUGCCCGUCCGUCUUCUGCCGGGGCAAGAAGGAGCAGGUCCAGCUUCGACGCUGUCCCGAAUCUGCGAUACAGGUACCCGGGUGUCAACCAGACAGGACCGAUCAUGGGCCUUCGACCGCCCCCGCGAGCUCCUGUCUUAUUGCAUGCGGAGCAACUGGAUGAGGGACUUUUGAGGGAGAGCUUGGCCGAGUAA